UUACAACUCAUCUACACCAAAUCUCAGAAGAGAGGGGGAGACAAAAAGUCAAUUGGAAACCUAUCUCCCACCGCCCUCGUCUUCGUCUUCCCGUCGCUCCUCCUCCGUCCUAUCCGGCGCCUCCUUAUCUCUCCUCAACAAUGGCUCCACCUCUUGCUUCCUCCCUCAAUUAAUAGGCAAUGAUGACGAAGGAGAUGGUCUACGCGGCGGCGGCGUCAUCUUCGCUGGCGAACGGUUGGUUUUCUUCAACUUUUAAGAUUGGGGCUUUUAUUUUGAAUCUUUACUAUGUAUCUCACCCUUUGUUAUUUAACCAUUACUAAAUUGUUAACCAUCGUGUGUACAACUUUGUUAUCCUUAACCUUCUUUCCAAAAUACACACAACCAUAGAUAGAAUGGAAUGAAAAGGGGAGCCGGCUAACAGUUUUCGGCGAACCCCUACGAGUCCAACUAUAGCGAUGAUGAAGAACCAGGCUGCGGCGACGAUUCGCGGUUUAAUUUCAACCAGCUUCAAAUCUAUAACACAAGAUGAAUACAACGAGUUACGCUUCGAAUUUGGAAUAGAACUUGACGAUGUGCUGCUGUGGGUUCAAACAAGGCUGCCUCUUAACGGUACUUCUCUAAACACUAGAAAGCUUGAUGAAGAGACUGAAAAUCUCUCCUAUGAGACAAGACCCAAGAGUUACUUUGUGUGGAAUGAUCCUUGCACUAUAAAUGUACCUUUAGUUUUCGUAUGUAAAUAUUAAAUGGGCUUUUUAGCCUUACCACUCUUCUUUUGUAACAAGAGAAAUCUAAUGAUCCUCAUAACGCUAAAUAUUCUAUGUAAGUAAGAAAUGUGUCUUAAUUUGUAGACCCCCGGCCGCAUCGCGGCGGGGGCUUCCAUCUA